AUGGUUAAUCGUCACGUUUCUUUGUCUCCCCGCAAUUCGCGUCACUCUCACACAGGCUUCGUUCCCCUUGGCGGCACCAACAGCAAUAACGAAAUGGGCGACGGUAUUCAGCUCACCCCGGUCAAGAGCAAUGCCUCUGCCCGGAGUGGUAUGAGGAAGGCCGAGAUGCCUCAACCCUCUACCAUGGAUAGCAACUCUCCUACCGAGGACGAGAAACUCACCGGUCAAGGUCACCGUGGCCGUCGAAGGAGAAUGGGUGAUGGCCUCUCUCGCAGCGGUACCGGAGAGGAAACCACAUUGAACCCAAUGGGUAGACUCUACUACAAAAUUAUCGGCUUCUCUGUUGUCACCAGAUACCUUGUAUAUGUCGUCCCCGUCGGUCUUCUCUUGGCCAUUCCCCUGAUUGUCCUCGCCGCCAUUGGCAAGAAGGAUGGCAUCCCUGUCGGCAAAUGGAACGGAGAUGGUGACAGGUCUGGCGACGAUGGCCCUCCGCUCUUCAAAAUCUUCCUCUGGGUUCUCAUCAUGUGGCUCUCAUGCUGGAUCGCAAAGAUUGUUGCUUGGUUCUUACCCUCGCUCUUCAUGUUCUUUACUGGCGUCGUCAGCAAGGGUACUCGCAAAUACGCAACUGUCCUGGGAAACCUCAUCCUCCCCUUCUCCUUCUUCUUCUGGGCCUUGGCUUCUUAUGUCACUUUCAAGAACCUCUGGAUGGAGGAAGAUAGAGGCAAGAACUACGUCCCGUGGGUCCGCACUAUGGGCCGUGUCCUUGGUGCUCUUUUCGUUUCUUCAGCUGUCUUCCUCGGUGAAAAAGCGAUUGUCCAACUGAUCGGCAUCUCCUACCAUCAGCGAUCGUUUGCCAACCGUAUCAGGGAGUCUAAGCGUGAGGUUCACUUGCUCGGGCUUCUUUUCGAUGCCUCUCGAACCCUCUUCCCUCUCCAUUGUCACGAGUUCGCUGAUGAGGAUGCCAUCAUCAAUGAUAGCAUUGAGGUGAUGCUCCGUGGUAAGAAGGGACACAAGCGCAACGGCUCUGCCACCCCCAUGAAGCUCAUUGGAGAAGUUGGCAAGAUCGGAGACAAGGUUACCUCUGUUUUCGGCAACCUUGCCUCUGAGAUCGCCGGCCGACAAGUUUUCAACCCAAACUCUGCUCAUUCCAUCGUCAUCGAAGCUCUUGAGAAGACUAAGUCAUCUGAGGCAAUGGGUCGACGUAUAUGGAUGUCUUACGUUGUCGAGGGUCACAACUCACUUGUUCUAGAUGACUUCCAGGAGGUUCUUGGACCUGCUUACAAGGAAGAGGCUGAGGAAUCAUUCUAUAUGAUCGACGGUGACGACAAUGGUGAUAUUAGUCUCGAUGAGAUGGUCCGAAAGGUUGUCGAGAUUGGUACGGAGAGAAAGGCCAUCGCCGAAGGUAUGAAGGAUAUUGGUCAGGCUCUUCAGGCUUUUGAUAAGAUUCUUCUCGUCGUCGUCCUGCUGGUCGUCAUUUUCGUUUUCCUUGCUUUCUUCCAGAGCAGCUUUAUUACCACCCUCACCACUGCCGGAACUACCCUGCUUUCUCUGUCUUUCAUCUUCGCGGUUACUGCCCAGGAAUUCCUCGGUUCUUGUAUCUUCCUUUUCGUCAAGCACCCCUACGAUGUCGGUGAUCGUGUCGACAUCAGUGGCACCAGGAUGGUUGUCAACAAGAUCUCCCUCCUCUACUCUGUAUUCCACAGACUGGACACCAUGCAAACAGUUCAGGUGCCCAACAUUCAGCUCAACAACAUCUGGAUCGAGAAUAUAUCUCGUAGCAAGGCCAUGCACGAAACCGUCGAAGUCAACGUUUCUUUCGAUACCUCAUUCGAGGACAUUGAACUUCUCCGCCUCGAGAUGGAGAAGUUUGUUCGACAACCCGAGAACGCUCGUGACUUCCAGCCUGAUCUUAGCAUUAGCGUUGGCGGUGUCGGUAACCUCGACAAGCUUCUGCUCUAUGUCACCAUCGCUCACAAGUCCAACUGGCACAACGAUUCCGUCCGCGCCAGCCGCCGUUCUAAGUUCAUGUGUGCACUUGCCCUGGCUCUGAAGAAGGUGCCUCUCAUUGCUCCUGGUGGUGGCGGCGAGCCUCUUGGUGGACCUACAAACCCCUCUUACUCUGUUACUGUUACCGAUGAGUUCGCCAAGAACAGCCGUGAGGAGGCUGCUAAGGCUACUGAUGAAGCUCGCAUGGUCCCAACCUCGAAGCAGGAGAACACCGAGGAGAGCCAGGCCCAGGCCGCCGAAGGCUUCAACUCGCGGCCCCCUGCCGCCGGCCUUGGUGUCUGGGAUAAUAGUGACAACCACACACUAGGCUCUCAUGAUGAUGAAGUCAACCGCAACCGCGACAUCGAGCAUUUGCGGACUGAUCUCAAGCGUGAGAGCACUCGGGGUCGGCGCAAGGCGGGUGAGGCUAUCCCCUCACUUUCUCUCGAGACGGCUCCUCGCGCUAGCAUCACGUUGACGCAAGCAAGCCCUCGCAGCCCUCACCGUGGCCCCUUCGAUGAAGAGGCUGAGGCUGGCAUGGGCCCAACGCCUUACCAUUCUAAUCUAUCCGCCGGCCCAUCUCAGGGUUCUCAAGGCUACCAGCCAUAUGCCGGCUCCAGUAACCAGUAUAAUGUCGCCCAUCCCCUACAAAGGCCUGGUCAGGGACCGCCUCAGGGGCCACCUCCUCAAGGACAACCACCCGCUCCCCAGCGCUAG